UUGCCGGAGACUCUGUUUUGUUUAUAAGAGAUGAAAAGCAGCAGCUUCUUUUGGGUAUCAGACGAGCUAACAGGCAACCCACCAAUAUAUCUUCGUCAGUACUAUCCAGUGAUAGUAUGCACAUUGGAAUUCUUGCCGCAGCGGCUCAUGCAGCCGCAAACAGUAGCCCCUUCACCGUCUUUUAUAAUCCUAGGGCUAGUCCCUCAGAAUUUGUUAUUCCUUUAGCCAAGUACUACAAGUCGGUGUACAGCCACCAACCGUCACUUGGCAUGCGUUUUCGAAUGAUGUUUGAAACUGAAGACUCGGGAACGAGAAGGUAUAUGGGUACAAUUACAGGUAUCAGUGAUCUGGAUCCUGUGCGAUGGAAAAGCUCUCAAUGGCGAAAUUUGCAGGUUGGUUGGGAUGAGUCAACUGCCGGAGAAAAGCGUAGCAGGGUCUCAAUCUGGGAAAUCGAACCAGUAACUGCUCCAUUUUUCCUCUGCCCGCCUCCAUUCUUUAGAUCCAAGAGGCCAAGACAACCUGGAAUGCCGGAUGAUGACUUAUCUGAUUUUGAUAACAUUUUCAAGCGGACAAUGCCUUGGCUUGGUGAUGAAAUGUGCAUGAAGGAUCCCCAAGGUCUCCCUGGCCUGAGCUUAGCUCAAUGGAUGAACGUGCAGCAACAUCCUGCACUGGCUAGCUCGUUGCAGCCAAAUUUUGCACCUUCCUUACCGGGAUCUAUUUUGCAAAAUAUUCCUGGGGCUGAUAUAUCUCGGCAGCUGGGAUUUUCCGCUCCACAAAUUUCUCAGUCAAACAAUGUAGCCUUCAAUACUCACAGACUACUUCAGACUGCUCAACAGCUGGAUCAACUUCAGAAGCUACCAUCUACAUCUAGCACAUUAGGAGCAGUCCUGCCACCACAGCAACAGUUGGGUGAUAUCAGUCAACAAUCAAGGCAGAACUUGGCAAAUCAAACUAUACCUCAGAGUCAAGUUCAGGCCCAACUCUUGCAUCCCCAAAACAUUGUCCAAACCAACAAUAUUCUUCAACAGCAGCAACCAUCCAUUCAAAACCAUCAAAUGCAUAGAAGCCUCUCUCAGAAUCCAUCACAGCAGCAGACAAUUAUAGGUCAGAGUCAACAACAAAGUUUGAUCCAGUCCCCUAUCCCUGAUCAUGUUCAACAAUUACAGAUGUCCGACAAUCAGAUUCAGUUGCACUUGUUACAGAAGCUUCAACAACAAAAACAAACGCACUUGGCACAGCAAACAGUGUUGCAGCAGCCUACUCAGCUUACUCAAAUCCAGGAUCAGCAGAGACAGAUUUUAGAUAAAACACAUAACUUGUCUAGAGCACUAACACCUGGUCAAGUUCUAGAAAUACCUCCUAUGCUUCAAAAUUCACUGCCUGAGGCUAAUUCUAUCUCUAAUCAGAUCACAAAGGCUAAUUUCCAGAACAGUAUUCAAUUCCCUCAGCAGCCCAAGCUUCAACAGCAGCAACCUGGCUUGCUGUCUGAAAUGUCUGGCCACAUGGGACUUCUUCCUACCCCUACUACAAAUAACCAACUUUCUGCUGCUGGCAGUGGUAUACUGAAUGGAGCAGCUGGGGCAGGGCAAUCUGUAAUUACUGAUGAUAUUCCAUCUUGCUCGACCUCGCCUUCUGCAAAUAACUGUGCCAGUGCACUUCCACCAUUGAUAAAUUCUCGAUUGCAGAGAAACACAAUAGUAGGGGAUGACAUGGCUCAGUCUGCUUCAACAAUCUUGAGUUCAAGUGCGUUAGAAACUAUGUCAUCAAAUGCAAACUUGUUGAAAGAUUUACAACCGAAGUCUGAAGUUAAACCUUCUCUGAAUAUUUCCAAAAGUCAGAAUCAAGGGCAUUUUGGCCUUCAGUCAUACUUGAAUGGUAGUGCUGUCCAUACUGAUUGUUUGGACACAUCAUCUUCUACAACAUCAGUUUGCCUUUCUCAGAGUGACGCUCAUAUGCAUCAGAAUAAUAAUCCAUUAGCUUACAAUCCACAUCCUAUGUUGUUUAGAGACAAUAGUCAAGAUGGGGAAGUUCAGGCAGAUGCUAGGGGCCAUAUUCCAUAUGCCAACAACAUUGAUAGCCAAAUGGGAAUGCCACUGAAUCCAGAUUCCCUUUUAACCAAGGGCACAUUGGGGUUGGGGAAGGAUUUGUCUAAUAACUUCUCUUCAGAAGCCCUACUUGGUAAUUAUGAAAAUAACAGAGAUGCUCACCAGGAACUUUCAUCUUCAAUGGUUUCACAGUCAUUUGGAGUCCCUGAUAUGGCCUUCAAUUCAAUUGAUUCCACAAUAGAUGAUAGUAGCUUUUUGAAUAGGGGUGCAUGGGCUCCACCAGCAGCACCGCCUCCACCACCUCUGCCACCAGCACAGUUUCAGCGGAUGAGGACGUAUACCAAGGUAUAUAAACGUGGAGCUGUGGGAAGGUCCAUAGACAUAACGCGGUAUUCAGGUUAUGAAGAGCUUAAACAGGAUCUAGCUCGUAGAUUUGGAAUAGAGGGGCAGCUGGAGGAUCGGCAGAGGAUAGGUUGGAAACUUGUCUAUGUAGAUCACGAGAGUGAUGUUCUACUGGUGGGAGAUGACCCUUGGGAGGAGUUCGUGAACUGUGUCCGCUGUAUUAAAAUACUUUCUCCUCAAGAAGUGCAACAGAUGAGCUUGGAUGGAGAUUUUGGCAAUGGCGGCCUUCCAAAUCAAGCCUGUAGCAGCUCUGACGGUGGGAAUACCUAAAUGAGAGUCAAAUAAUACACUAACAAUUCUUGCAUAGUGGUAACUUAGAUUAUUUCUGGAGAUACAUUAUGAUCCCAGUUCCCAAUGGCAGUUAUUUUACUACUGGGAACGUAAGCGUCCUACAUAGAUCUUCGAAGCGAUCUUUUGCAGUUUGAAGAAGUUCCGGCUCUGUUCUGGGCAUGCAAAAUGCCGCUGGUGCUACAAAUUCAAUUAAGUUAUUAAGGCCAUAGAUAGAUGCGUUAUUGUAAUACUAAAAAAAUUAUUAUUGUUGGCAAGUUCUCUGUAUUGUAGAAAGAAAGGUUUGAUAUUACGCGAUGCUUUUGAAUGUACAGAGUUGAAGGUUUAUUGGCCCUCUAGGAGGAAUUGCUUUGUAAACGCUAUGCAGCUAGAUUUUGAGGAAGCUCUCACGAUCUUCCAUCCUUGCAGGCAUCUUUGCCUAGAGGGACUGUGAAGUAGAGAAACUUCAAAUGUUGUAAGGUCAAGUGGAUACUGUUGCUUUGUUUGCUUGAAGCGUAAGGACUAAAAAUGGUGGAGUUAUGAGACUGUAAAGGAGUUCAAU